CUCGCUUUAUUUUUUCAGCAGUGUGCGGGAGGUGCAACAAGGCCUUCAAGCUCGUUUCAUCCAGCAUGCCCUGCCACAGGCACCCCAGAAAGACCAACGCCGAAAACAACAUGCCCCAUUGCAGCUGAGAUUGGGAUUUCCGAUUUUGAACCCCUGGAAGUCGGGCACAUACAGCGAA